GUUCGAGAGACCGGGAGAGCGGCAGAACUUUGCAAGCCACCCAGCGCCUCCUGCGCUUUUGAUUUGUUCGCAGCCCUCAGCGACAUCCGGGGGAACACUUCAAGUACCCUGCUCUCCUGCUCUUCGCCAGUCUUCCAGCCGCGUCUCCAACCGUCGGUAUACUCUCCACCAUUACUCAUCUUCAUCUAGCUACGUCACCAAGCAUUUGCCUCGAACUUUUUGCCGAUUUGGGCCCCUUUUGCACUGCCUAAGCAGGGCUGGUCUGUCCUCAUAUACCUCCCUGGGUUGCCAGCAAGUCGGCCCUCGCAAGCAUCCCAGCGCCUCUCCCACAGUCACCAAACAUGGAUCCCGCCGGAACAUACGCCAACUGCCAGGUCGCCCGGGAUGAUUCCCAAGAGUUCCCUCACGAGUGCCAGACAGGCGAACACCAGACGGCCAAGGACGAGCUGAUGGAGAAGUUUGCAUCCAAAAAUCAGCGUGGAUGGAGGAAAGUGGUGCUCAACUUCACCCCGUCAUGGUUCGCAGCCACCAUGGGGACGGGCAUUGCCUCGAUCCUCCUGCACCAACUUCCUUACAACGGCGACUGGCUGUACUGGCUUUCGGUCAUCAUCUUUUGUCUCAACAUCGCCCUCUUCUGCAUCUUCCUGCUCAUCUCCAUUCUCCGAUACACCAUGUUCCCGGGGCUGUUCAUGGCCAUGAUCCGGCACCCCGUCCAGUCCCUCUUUGUCGGCACAUUCCCCAUGGGGCUCGCGACGAUAGUCAAUAUGGUGGUUUUUGUAUGUGUCGAACAUUGGGGAGUGUGGGCAACAACUCUGGCCUGGACAUUGUGGUGGAUUGAUGUGGCCAUUGCCGUCAUCACCUGCAUGUGGCUGCCCUUCGUCAUUAUGCACAUCCAUCAAAGUGAGCUGUCCAAGAUGACGGCGGUUUGGCUCUUGCCGAUUGUGGCAACCAUUGUCGCGGCGGCAUCGGGCGGCAUCGUGGCAGAAUACCUUCCCAAUCCUCAGCAUGCCGUUUGGACGGUGGUGGUGUCCUAUGUGCUCUGGGGCACGGGUUUCCCUCUCGCCAUGGUCGUCCUCGUCAUGUACUUCCAUCGCCUCACAAUUCACCGACUCCCGCCCCGUGAGGUCAUCGUCUCGGUCUUUCUUCCACUGGGUCCUCUAGGCCAGGGCAGCUUCGGGCUCAUGCAACUUGGAAAAGUCGCUGCACAGGUCUUCCCCAAAACCGAAAACUUUGGCCCAGAGGCCGGGCGCGUCAUCUACAGUUUCUCCAUUGUCAUCGCCCUCGCCAUCUGGGGUUAUGGGCUCGUGUGGCUGUUCUUCGCGCUGGCCAGUAUCACACGGAGCAGAUUCCCUUUCAACAUGGGAUGGUGGGGUUUCACUUUCCCUCUCGGUGUGUUUGCCGUGUCCACGACGACCCUGGCCAAAGAAAUCCCCAGCUUGUUCUUCAAAGUCCUCGGCACCAUCUUUUCCGUCGCGGUCGUUUUGCUUUGGUUGAUUGUCGCCCUGGGCACCCUGAAAGGCGCCGUCACCGGCACCUUGUUCUACGCCCCUUGCGUGGAACAGUACGAGAAACAAUUGACCAACGGGCAGAAGCAAAAGGAGAAGAAAUUGAACAACCGGCUGCCGUUGAAGCACUGGAGGAAGAAAGACGACGACACAGAGAAGCAGGAGGUCUAGGUCUCGCUUUGGCAAGCUCGAGCGGUGGAGUCCUGGCGCAGAAGUUGGAUCGCAUUCCUGGGCUGGCUUAUUGGAUUUAAAGGACUGGUGGAAUUUGUUCUAUGGGGUGAUACGAUAAAACCAUCGGCUUGGUAGAGUAAAGGUAUUGAUCUGUGCGAUAGUAAUAGAAUUCAU